GGCAAGCUCACGGUGACGCAGGCGUGGCAUGGACGGCGCGCGAGACAGCAAGCACGAAAGACACGCUUCACCCUUCUCAACCACUCCACUAAUACUUCCAGACCCUCACUUGUUCACAAUCGCAGUCACGAGCCUCUAUAGAUUGGAUCGAGGCUUGUCAACUCUCCUGUACUGCACGGGGACCCCUACGCCGCCUUUCACCUAGGCCAAUACCAGAAGUCCGGAUAUGCUGCGCGACACUGGUCAGAAUGGCAGAGACAAAAAUGCAGCUAGUAGACUGGCUAGAUGACCUAUGCGUUCGCUUCAUUAUCAACCUCCCACAAGAAGAGCUCGAAAGCGUCGCGCGAAUCUGCUUCCAGGUCGAGGAAGCCCAGUGGUUUUAUGAGGAUUUCAUCCGUCCCACCGACCCGUCCCUCCCCUCGCUCAACCUGAGGGACUUUUGUCUUCGCAUCUUCCAACACUGUCCCCUCCUCUCCACCUUCUCCGACUCGCAACACACGGCCGCCUACCAGGAGUUCCUCGCCUACAAGACCCGUGUCCCGGUCAGGGGCGCCAUCCUACUCAACCAUGACAUGGACCAGGUAGUCCUCGUCAAGGGCUGGAAGAAGAGUGCCACCUGGAGUUUUCCUCGUGGAAAGAUCAACAAGGAUGAGCCGGAUCUUGACUGCGCCAUUCGUGAAGUCUGGGAAGAGACUGGUUAUGACAUCGCUGCUGCUGGCAUAGCCACAGAGGACCAGAAGUACAUUGACGUAACCAUGCGUGAGCAACAUUUGCGAAUGUUCGUCUUCCGUGGUGUCCCUUUGGAAACCUACUUUGAGCCAAAGACGCGCAAGGAGAUCAGCAAAAUCGCGUGGUAUCGCUUGACUGAUCUACCGUCAUACACACAAAAGAGACAGAACAAUAGAGUCAUCUCCCAUCAACAUGAUGGCAAUGCUGAUCAGGGCGUCGUCAGUGCCAACAAGCUGUAUAUGGUUGCGCCCUUCCUGCCUCCCUUGAAGAAAUGGAUCAACCAGCAAAAGAAGCGUGAUUUGGCUCGUCAAGUUCAAGUCGAAGCUGUUGUCGAAGAAAUUCUAGACGUCCCCUCAGACUCGCCUGCUAUUGAAGUUCCAUCAGCCAAUGCCGUCUUCGAGCUCAAACGUUUGUUGAGCGUCAACGUACCAGGCCAGGAAUCACCGCGAGCUGCUAAUGGCGAGGACAACCAAGCGAACGCGCUGCUAGCCAUGCUUCGCGGUAACGCUGCCACUGGUGGGCUAGCUCCUCCGGUAGACAAUGAUCUACCACCGGUCACGCCUCUGGACCAAGUUACAAGUACUCCUCCAGAGCCUGGAACUCCGCACUACCAACAUCAUCAGCCCUCGCCUGCCGUUCGACAGCAGCCUCCCCCAGGCUUUCCCUUCCCUUCGCCUGCCCACCAACGCAAUGUGUCUCUCCAUCCGCCAGGCUUCUUCGGUCAGAGUGCUCACGAGAACCUCCAACGUGUCAUGCCGCAAAUGUCACAUAUGUCGCAGCAGCCCCCGCAAGCUGUCCGUCACAUCCAUCCUCAGGGCACACAUCCUUCAAUGCAGCAGCAGUUGUUCCCUGGCGGUCACCCCGCGCCCAUUUCUCAUGGUCCAGUGGCUCCUUCGGCCUCUCAAUUGCCCGCUCCAAGAUUGAAUAACCACGCUAUGAAUCUGCUGAGUGCUUUCAAGGCGCCUUCACAAUCGCCUAGCGGCUACAAUGCUGUGCCUCACGAUGGCUCUCUGUCUUAUCCUAGCCCUAAUCAGGUUCACACGCAGGCUCAGCAGCAACCCACCGUAGGGGACGCACAACAAGGACGCCGACGCUCUGCACAUCAAAACUCUUUGCUGGGCUUGUUCAAGUCUCCCGAACCUCCAAGAGCGACUCCCGUCGUCCAGGGCACUCAAGUAGCAGCUCCAACGACUACUCAGUUACCUGGCCCGACUAUACCCGCUCCUACAGGAGCUACUCCACAGCAGAGAAACGCCAGUCUAGCAAUGCUAACAAGGACUCUGCCAAAGAGCAAGCCAAACACACCCACUGCGCAAGCCAAGGACAUGUUCCCAGCGAAGCAAGUGGCGCAAGAAGUCCAAGCAGCAAAGGACAAAGCUAGUCAAGAGGUUCCUGACAAAGUCUUCGCCCCGGACGCGCCGCGGGCUCCUGUGUCGAUUUUGCCAAGGCCUGGUUCUGCAGCUACCAGAGGAUCUCCUGCUCCCCAACCGUCUGACUCUAUCCAAACUCCCCAUAAGCUCCGACGUGGAAAUAAGAGCGACUCUCCAGCCAACUUCACUAUUCUGCAACGACCUUCGCCUCGAGCUGACCGUAAUGGGUCACCUGAAAUGCCUCAGAUCAGACAGCCACCUCCUAAGCAACCAACGCCCAGGCAAGCAGCGCCGAAGCAAUCUGCUUCAAGGAAAGUGCAAGAAGCACCGAAGCCUUUCCAGCCGCAAAUUCUACAAAGGCCAAGAGCGGAUCAGUCGGGAAGCAGUCCUGGCGUGGAACAGUCGCAGCAGAAUGCCGGCGAACAACGGAAUGCACUUCUUGCUUUGUUCGCAAAGCAGAACCCUGGACUCGCACAAGCUGAAAGCAGAGCUGGAUCGGCCAUGUCGAACAACUCGGGGACACCGUUGCCUUCGGACCCAUCUAUGUUCAGAACACGACUGGCCAGCGCAUCCUCGGCGGUGAGUAACGAUAACGACGGACUCAAGUCACCAUCUACGCCUGUGGAGGCCAAGGGUUUCUUGCUUGACUACCUUAACGGCGUGGUGAAGAAUGAGAAGAACAAGGGUUCUAAGAGGGGCCCUAUCUGAUCAAGGAUGAUAUGAUGAAGAGCACAUAACAGCUGGUCUAGGACCUAGGAGACAAAACUACCAUUUGAACUAGUUCUCAUCUCUUCUU